ACACGCUCGCCGUCGCCGUCGCAUAGCUCGACCGCGCACAUAUUUGCCUACAGCGAGACUCCGAUUCUUGCUUAGACUCUCCCACCGCUGGUGGACGUCCCCACAAUGACGACCGAAAUCACGAACCAGCUAGCAGCGACGAAGCUCAGCGAAGCUUCACCCUCAGCAGGCGCCGACUGGAAAGACGGCCUGAAGAUUCCCUCCAAAGACACCCGAGUACAGACCGAGGAUGUGACGGCAACAAAGGGCCUCGAAUUUGAAGACUUCUUCAUUAAGCGCGAGUUGAUGAUGGGCAUAUUCGAGGCGGGCUUCGAGAAGCCGUCGCCGAUUCAGGAAGAGACUAUCCCCGUCGCUCUGACCGGCCGAGACAUCCUCGCACGAGCGAAGAAUGGCACGGGAAAGACCGCCGCGUUCGUGAUACCCACACUCGAGCGCGUAAACCCGAAGAGCCCGAAGACGCAAGCGCUGAUUCUCGUCCCCACCCGAGAACUCGCUCUGCAGACAUCACAGGUGUGCAAGCAGCUGGGCAAACACCUUGGCAUCAACGUUAUGGUCUCAACGGGAGGCACCGGCCUGAAGGAUGACAUCAUUCGGUUGUCUGAUCCCGUCCACAUUAUUGUUGGCACACCGGGCAGGAUUCUGGAUUUGGCAGGCAAAGGUGUAGCCGACCUCUCAGCCUGCCAGACAUUCGUUAUGGACGAGGCUGACAAGCUCUUGUCUCCCGAAUUCACACCCGUUGUUGAACAGCUGCUAGGCUUCCAUCCCAAGGACCGGCAGGUCAUGCUCUUCAGUGCCACGUUCCCUAUUGUAGUUAAGAGCUUCAAGGACAAGCACAUGAACUCUCCGUACGAGAUCAACCUGAUGGAUGAACUGACGCUUCGCGGUAUCACUCAAUACUAUGCGUUUGUCGAAGAGAAGCAGAAAGUGCACUGCUUGAACACCCUCUUCAACAAAUUGCAGAUCAACCAGUCCAUCAUCUUCUGCAACUCCACGAACCGAGUUGAGCUUCUUGCUAAGAAGAUCACUGAGCUUGGUUAUUCCUGCUUCUAUUCGCACGCGCGCAUGUUGCAGCACAACCGCAAUCGCGUCUUCCACGAUUUCCGCAACGGUGUUUGCCGCAAUCUCGUUUGCUCUGAUCUGCUAACCCGUGGUAUCGAUAUUCAGGCCGUCAAUGUUGUCAUCAAUUUCGACUUCCCGAAGAAUGCCGAGACAUAUCUCCAUCGUAUCGGCCGCUCAGGUCGUUUUGGUCAUCUUGGUCUGGCGAUCAACCUGAUCAACUGGGAUGAUCGGUUCAACCUAUAUCGAAUUGAGCAAGAGUUGGGUACUGAGAUCCAGCCCAUCCCGCAGGUCAUCGAGAAGAAGUUGUAUGUCUAUGAGUCCCCCGAGAACAUUCCCCGACCCAUCUCGAACCCGCAGCGCCCUCAAGGCCAGAACCAGAACCAGGACCAAGACAACACCGUGGCGCGCAACCCUCUGCAGAACAACCGUGGGAAUUACAACCGUAACCAGCGAGGCGGUGGUCAUUUCCAAGGUCAACGCCGGGGUCCUCCUCAGGGCCAGCAGAAUCGCCAGAAUGGACAUAACCCGCAGCGCAACACGCGACCCCAGCCCGCCGGGCCAGCAUAGUGGCUGGACGGUGCACGGCGAUAGGGGGUUGUGGGUUGCCUGAGCAGUUUUCGUUGGCGUUCGCGAGCCUUCCAGAUUUAUGUCACGAUCUCUCUUUGCCCAGGAGCCAGUUAGUUGCAUUUGGGCUGUCCGUCGCGACUGCACAUAGUUCUUGCGUUGUUUCCUUUUUUACGAUAACACGAGCGGUUUGUCGACGAAUCGAUACGGGAUACCUGAUUUUUCUUCCUCGGGCAUAACGAAUCGAGCCAUC